AUGGACAUAAGCGUCGGUUCUGGCCAAAGCACCACUAUGAAAGCAAUCUGUACGCAAUUGACAUCUCUGAGAUUCUUCCAGUGUCCAAGACAAGCCAGGCAAACCAUCUGCCGAUCGCAAAACAUGACAAGCAGCAGUGAAUCUGGCAGCAGGAAAACAGACGCAUCAAAUAGCAAUGUUCCUUGGACUUUGAUGGGCAGGACGAUAAAGCCUGACCGCGAUCACGGCUCUGAUCUUGAAGAUAUCAUAGAUCAACCCCAGAGCCUAGACAGCCAAAGCGAGGAACUCAAAACUCUUUUGCCAGACCUAGCUGAGCAGUUGAAACUCAAUAGACAGGUUGCUCAGAGAUUGGCAGAGGAUAUUCCUGCUCUUGCCAUGAAGCUUGUGAAGCUCAGAGAAAUAUUUCCAGAAAGCAAUGUUCUGGAUAUGGUGGGAAGAAGGCCGUCAAUGCUCCUUGAUGAGGAGUUUGAUCUCAUUGAGGGCAACCUGAAACGAUUGCACGAUAGCCUGCCUGGCGCGGACGUGGUCAGCCUUGUGGAGCAGCAACCAUUGUUCCUGUUUGAGGACGUGGAAGUUAUCAUGGGGGAGCUACGCAGGUUGCUUCCUGGAGAUCCCGCCGAGCAUCUGUCCAAGAAUCCAAAUCUCCUCGUGCUUGCAAUGAGCAAUCGAAGAUUGAGCAUUUGGUAACCCUGCAAUGGAGUGUACAACAAUGGAAUUUCACCAAGUAUUGUAAAUUUCCUCUGACAUCGCCACCCGAGACUGAUGUCCUUGUAUUGACAAAUAGAUGAGUGCUUCAGUGAGGCCAUCUGAUCUGAUGUGAUGCCUCUUGAGCUGGUACAAUUAAACAUUUGUCCAUGAAUUGAAGUCCUGCGGUGUGUAGAGCUAUUCAGUGAACUUGCAAUUUACCGUUGCAAACAAGGUAUUCUGUCCGUCCCUAUGUUUAAACUGCGAGGCUCCCCUUCCAUCCUUUUUGGCGUUUGCAAAACAAUUCCACUGUUGUGAAGGUCCCCUUGCACAAGACAGGGAUCAACCUUAAGUUGCAACAAGUUUCAAGUAGCUACUGAUCUGUUUUCUGCUCUAGAGAUCUUGUACCAGGAUCCUAGUAUCAUGCGCUGGUGCUGUCAUGGAUCCACUUGAUAUAGGAGGAGCUGCCUCCUGUGAUUGGCAGGCUGAUCACUUCGCAUUCAUCAUAGGGAUGAUUGCUCUUGACAACCUCCGUGAGCUUCGGGACAAGGUGUGUCUGCGUCUUGAUCAUCAGCAGCAGCUCCGCAUCCUUGUUCACCUUCCCUUCCCACCAAUAUAUAGAAGUGAGCCCUGGAACUAUGUUGACACAUGCCGCAAGGCGGUGGUCCGGAUUGACAAGCAAAGCUGCCAACUUUUCAGCAACCUCCUGACUGGGGACGGUUACAUACACAACCACAGCGCCUGUGGUUCCUUCGCUGGUGGCCAUGGUGGUGCUGUGGCUGAAGAGCCUGGUAUUACUGGCUGCUGUACCAAUAAAAGCUACAAGCAUACAAAUGGCAACAUCGAUUCCUUUUGACACCCCGUGCUUGCGAAAAUCAACCAGAUCGCUCCAGUUGAAGGUCAUCAAGGUCCAUACAGCAGUUCUCACACAGGCAAGUCACCGGACACAGCGGAUGAGCAAGAUUGUAGCAAAAUGUCCAGGAUUGAUGUAGACCGUCGUCGCAGAGCGA